UCUGAAGAAACUCCAUACGGGGUCACAUGUGAAUGACCUACUAAUUAGCAUAAUAUCACAUCCUUUUCAGCCAAUCACAUCGCGCGUAUUAGACAAUCCUAGACAAAUCAGCAAACAAGAUGGCGUCGGACAAAUUUGAAGAAGUGUUGUUAGAUGUGUGUAAACUCUUUUCUAUAGAAUGUUUAAAAGAAGAACAAAAGACAUUAGUGAAAAGUAUGCUUGCUAAAAGAAACUGCAUAGCCGUUCUACCGACAGGUUUUGGCAAGUCUUUGCCAUACCAGAUCCUGUUACCUUUAGCACGCUGGUUAGUUGACAAGGACUGGAAUGAGUUUUGUUUUGAUGCCGAGAGCAAGAUUAUUGUUUGUUGCCCGUUAGUUGCUCUUAUGGAGGACCAAGUAAAACGUCUGGACAAGAUUGACUGCUUGAGGGCACUUUAUAAAGGAAGAAGCAAAGACGUGGAUGAGAGGAUACUAAGUGGCGAUUUCGAUAUUUUGUUUGCCUCACCAGAAACACUAGUUGGAAACCAUGAUUUUCGAAAGCAGCUUCAGAAAUGCAAUAUUGGAGUGACUGUGAUUGAUGAAUUCCAUACUAUUUAUGAAUGGGGUGGUGAAGUGAAAGUUCACGAAAGUGAAGCAUUCAGGAAAUGGUUCCGUUACCUUGGAGAAAUGAGGUCUUUAUGUCCACAAGCGAAUCUCCUUGCCUUAAGUGCAACAUGUACCAAAAAAAUUAAAAACCAUGUCUCCGAGGUUUUGGGAUUAGAUCCUGUCCAAACCACUGAAGUGACAAUUUGUCCAAACAAGUCCAAUAUCAAACUUGUUGUUAAGAAAGUUGAUAAAGACAUUGAAGCUGCUAUGUACUGGUUAAUGGAAUCAUUGAAUUCACUUCGAGAAGCAUUCCCUAGAACACUCAUUUAUUGUAAUUCAAUAUCUGAUGUAUCAAAACUGUACAACUACAUUGUAAGAGAAAUUGUUGAAUGUGCAAAAUUUAUUGAUAUGUAUCAUUCAGAAACACCAGAUGAAAAUAAGAAACUUAUAGUUGAAGCUUUGAGAACAAAAAGUGAAAAAAGAGUCAUUUUAUCUACAUCACCAUUAGGAAUGGGUAUAGAUGUUUUGAAAUGUAAUUCAGUUAUUUUAUAUGGACCUCCAAGAAAUGUAGUUGAUUUAAUACAGUCAAUAGGUAGAGUAGGAAGGGAUGGUGAACAAUCCAUUGCAAUAAUAAUGUACAAUUCAUACCAAUGCAGAAAUGUUGAUCAAGAGAUAAAAAGUUUUAUUUCUUGCAAAAGUUGUCGUAGAAAGAAUUUAAUGAACAAUUUCAUGUCCGAUGCCGAUUUACUUCAACUUGAAAAAGAUAUGAAUGUCCAUACUUGUUGCGAUAUAUGUGCAGAUAUGUGCAAGUGUAAUAAGUGUUCUCUUUUACAAUUAGAAAAGUUGUGUAGCAAUGAAUAUAUGAAUUCUGAUAGUUCCAGUGGAAGUGACACUGUAGAUUAUGAGUAUGACAUUUCUGAUGACAACCGCUUCAGUGAUAAUGAAAUUUGUGAAGCCUGUGAUGUAGAAGAAUGUAGUCUUUGA